AUGGCCUCCCGUCUUCUUGUGUCUGGUCUCCCCCGGUCCCUACCUCCCCUUCCUCAGGGCCCUGGCCCUACCUGUGUCCCCUUUGUCGAGGGGCGCCAGCGUGCUGCCCCUCACUCCUCCCAGUUCCCUCCGACAGAGGCUCCGUUGCAGACGCUUCACAUGGACAUGUGGGGCCCUGCCCGCGUCCGUGGACUAGGUCACGAGCGCUACUUCCUGUUGGUGGUUGACGACUACUCGCGUUACACCACAGUCUUCCCCUUGCGCAACAAGGGUGAUGUCACUGAGGUGCUGAUCGACUGGAUCCGCGCAGCUCGUCUCCAGCUCAGGCAGAGCUUUGGCUCGGACUUUCCUAUGCUGCGUCUGCACUCGGACAGAGGCGGAGAGUUCUCCUCUGGCCUUCUGCGUGCCUACUGUCGUGCGCGAGGCAUCCGUCAGACCUUCACGCUUUCGGACUCACCGCACAAAAUUGCAUUGCAGAGCGCCGCAUUGGCAUGGUAUGCGGCGCAUCAGAUCAACCUCCACCCCAGGGUCUCCAGGCCGGAGACCUCCCCAUCCCUGCUGUGGACGGGGAAGGUUGGCGAUGCGUCGGCGUUCCGGGUCUGGGGAUCUCGGGCGUUUGUCCGCGACUUGUCUGCGGACAAGCUGUCCCCUCGCGCUGCUCCCUGCGUCUUCCUGGGGUUCCCCCCCGCUGCCCUUGGGUGGCAUUUCUACCACCCCACCUCUCGCCGUGUUUUGUCCUCCCAAGACGUCACGUUCGACGAGUCAGUACCCUACUACCGCCUCUUCCCCUACCGCACUCCGUCCCUCCCCCCGCCCCCGCUCUUCUUGGUACCAGGUCCCCCCCCGGUAGACCCCCUCCCCCCUCAGGGUCCUGCCCCUUCAGGUGUGUCCCAGCCUAGGGGUGUUGAGCCUGGGGGUGCUGGGCCUGGGGGUGCGGAGCCUGGGGGUGCUGAGCCAGGGGGUGCUGAGCCUUGGGGUGCUGAGUCUGGAGGUGCUACGCCUGGAUGUGCUUUGCCUGGGGGUGCUGAGCCUGGAGGUUCUUCGCGUGGAGGUUCUCCGGGUUCUUCGUCUCGCCGGGAGCCACUCUCCCCACAGGAGCUGCGUGAGUGGUUUGCCCGGCGCUGGAGGCGUGCUGCUGGUGCUGGAGGUUCUUCGGCUGCUGAGGGUGCUGCUGUCGCGGGUCCCGGAGGUGCUCGUACUGGGAGUACUGGAGCUGCUGGGCCUGCGGGUUCGACUGGAGCUGGUGCUGCUGAGGGUGUUGGAGCUGAGACUACCACUGGCAGUCCGGCUGGCGGUGCUCCUGGUGCUGCAAGAGGUUCUGGGGCUACUGGAGGUGCUGCUGGGGAUUCUGGAGCUGCUGGAGGUGCUGCUGGCGCGGCGUCGUGA